CAACAAAUUAUAAGGAAUGCAUAUGUUUUGGUUAACUAUAAUAAAAGCAUAAAUUGAUGUUUUGCGGAUGUUUAGGGGAAGAAAGUGCAGAAUGAGAUCAAUUUGUGAAGAGCGAUGGAUUGCAAUGGUUGCUUUUGUGGCAGUUUCUUCUUCAGCAAGCUUGUUGGUGGCAUGCCCAUACAGAUCCAUGUUCAGCUUCGGUGAUUCACUUGCAGACACUGGCAACUUGUAUCUCAGUUCCCACCCACCCACCGACCACUGCUUUUUCCCUCCCUACGGUCAAACCUUCUUUCACCAUGUCUCUGGACGCUGCUCUGAUGGCCGCCUCAUCAUCGAUUUCAUCGCUGAGUCACUGGGACUUCCACUGGUGAAACCGUAUUUUGGUGGAUGGAAUGUGGAAGAGGGAGCCAAUUUUGCUGUUAUUGGAGCCACUGCGUUAGACUACAGUUUCUUUCAAGACAGGGGCAUUUCCAUUCCAACCAAUUAUUCUUUAACAAUUCAAUUGAACUGGUUCAAGGAAUUGCUUACUGCUCUCUGCAAUUCAUCCACAAAUUGCCAUGAAAUUGUUGAGAACUCAUUAUUUCUUAUGGGUGAAAUCGGAGGAAACGAUUUCAAUUAUCUUUUCUUUCAACAAAAGAGCAUAGCAGAGAUUAAAUCAUAUGUGCCAUAUGUGAUCAAUGCAAUAGCUUCAGCUAUCAAUGAAUUGAUUGGUCUAGGCGCUCGCACGCUCAUGGUUCCUGGGAAUUUACCAAUAGGAUGUAGUGUAAUUUAUUUAACGAUUUAUGAAACCAUAGAUAAAACCCAGUAUGACCAAUUUGGGUGUUUGAAGUGGUUAAACGAGUUUGGUGAAUAUUACAACCAUAAACUACAAAGUGAAUUAGAUAAGCUUCGAGUAUUUCAUCCUCGUGCUAAUAUCAUUUAUGCAGAUUAUUACAAUGCUGCAUUGCCUUUAUAUCGUGAUCCCACAAAGUUUGGUUUUACUGAUCUUAAAAUCUGUUGUGGAAUGGGAGGACCAUACAAUUUCAAUAAAUUAACAAAUUGUGGCAAUCCAAGCGUGAUUGCUUGUGAUGAUCCUUCUAAGCAUAUUGGAUGGGAUGGUGUUCAUUUAACUGAGGCUGCAUAUAGAUUUAUUGCCAAAGGUUUAAUAAAAGGACCAUAUUCUCUCCCUCAAUUUAGUACCCUGUGUUUCAGGAAUGUAAGCUUUGGCUAUUUCAAUAGCUAAAUUGUUUCUUCUUUUUAAAUGAAUUGAGAAUUCAAUAUAGUUGCCAUUAUAAUAUGGUCCAUA